GAUGCCAGUUGUGGAUGAGCGCCUGUGAUGGUCAGAUGAUAGGAGUGGGGUAGCGAGGAUUGGAUAAUUGGGUGUAAAAUGACGUGUGGUCGUGAUUCUAGUUGUGCCUGCUAUGUAGGCUUCUUCUAUUUUUUGUACUUCAUCAAUAUUGGAAACACACAACUUCUUAUAAAUGUUAAAAAUCAGGGCGGGGACGUCCUGCAAGAAACCAUCGCGGCCAACGUCAGCGAAGACGCCGUCACCCUGGAGUUCCAGCGCUCGGAUGGCACCCUCGUCACGCAGCUCGUAGACUUCCGGAACGACGUGCAGAUCCUGAAGGCGCUGGUGCUGGGCGAGGAGGAGCGGGGCCAGAGCCAGUACCAAGUGAUGUGCUUCGUGUGCCACUUCCGAAAGGGAGAUUUCAUCUCGUCCGACGCCAUGUCGAAGCUGCGACAGAAAAACCCCGGGACGGUGCGCACGGCGGAGGAGGACCGCGGCCGCGACAACUUCACGAUGGAGCUGCUGCUGGACGUGGGCCGGUCGGCGCUGGUGUCGCGGCACGCCGCUCGCCGCCCGCCGCCCAAGCUGCGCAGUCGCCGCCGCCCGCGCUGCCGGAGACGGCGGACUUGUGGGCGCGUGCGUGUGCCAUCUGGAGCUGUGCAUCGGGUGGUACCCGUGCGGACCUCAAGUAAUGCAAGGGCAAGGGGGACGCGAAGGCCGCGGCGGCGUCAGCUACCGCUGCGGCAUCAAGACGUGAAGAAGUGCAGCCUGUUCGCCUACUACGUCCGUCAGAACAGCUUGUGCCUCUGGGACGAAUGA